GCGCGGCACCUCCCCCGGAGGGAGGUGAGAAGAUGGCGGAAGCGGAGUGAGCGGCUUGUCCGAGGCUGGACGAACACUGCACAGCUAUGGAGAAUGAACCAAACACAACAACAUGUUCUGCAUCUACAACAACCAUCACUACCACCUCUACUUCCCGGACACAGCUCCCACAGAUAUCUGUCUACAGUGGCUCUGACAGGCAUGCUGUCCAGGUCAUUCAGCAGGCCUUGCAUCGUCCUCCUAGCUCAGCUGCUCAGUACCUCCAGCAGAUGUAUGCAGCCCAGCAGCAGCACCUAAUGCUGCAGACUGCUGCUUUGCAGCAGCAGCACUUAAGCAGUACCCAAUUUCAGAGUCUGGCAACUGUACCACAGGCAAGCCUGUCAGGUGGGAGGCAAUGUACUUCCCCCACUGGGAGUGUCACUCAGCAGUCAAGCAUGUCGCAGACCUCGAUUAACCUCUCCACCUCUCCUACACCUGCACAGAUAAUAAGCCGUUCACAGACCUCCAACACCACCAGCAGCAGUAUUACCCAACAGACUAUGUUGCUGGGGAGCACCUCUCCAACCCUGAGUGCCAGCCAGGCUCAAAUGUAUCUACGAGCUCAAAUGCUUAUUUUUACUCCUGCAACCACUGUGGCUGCUGUCCAGUCUGACAUACCUGUAGUGUCAUCAUCUUCCUCAUCUUCCUGUCAGUCUGCAGCUACUCAGGUUCAGAACUUGACAUUGCGCAGUCAGAAGCUGGGUGUGUUGUCAAGUUCACAGAAUGGCCCACCAAAGAGCAGCAGUCAAACUCAGUCAUUGUCUCUGUGCCCUAAUAAACCUGCCAGCAGUUCCAAGGGCAGCCAGCCAGAUCCCUCAGAAAGCAAUAGAAAAGGCGAGAGCCCAACUCCAGAGUGUCGGAGUACACCAGUCACACGGACAUCAAGCAUACAUCACUUAAUUACACCAGCUUCAUAUUCACCAUUGCAACCUCAUUCCCUAGUGAAACAUCAGCAGAUCCCACUUCAUUCACCAUCUCCAAAGAUUUCCCAUCAUCAGCUGAUACUGCAACAGCAGCAGCAAGUCCAGCCAAUUGCACUUCAGACUCCUUCAGGCCAGGACCCCCCUCCAUCACAGCACUGUCUACCACUUCCUGGCCAUGGUCUUCCUCCGGGUCCCAGCAGCGUCCAGUCUCAUUGCUCGCCUAUUCACAUCCAUCCUCCCCCUCUAACACUAUCUCCUACUCCCACCCAGUCAGCUCAGCAGUCAGUAGUGGUAUCCCCUCCACCUUCUCACUCCCCUAGUCAAUCACCCACAAUAAUUAUUCACCCUCAAGCACUUAUUCAGUCACAGGCAAACUCCCUGGUGCCAACAGCUCUUCAGCCAGAGCAGACUGCUCCUCAGCAGACUACUACCACUCCAGUUCGACCAGUUGCACAGCCACUUAAUCUUCCAUCACACCUUCCACUUCCAUCUUCCCCUGCUGUACAUAUAGGCUCAGUAGAUCAGCCCAACUUAGUUUCUCCAGGCCAACAGAUCGUGUCCUCAACACCACACCAGCAGUAUUCAGCCUUGCAGUCUGCACCUAUCCCUCUUGCAGCUCCUCCUCAGCUGUCAACUUCUUCGACCCAGAUUCAACCACUACCCCUGCAGUCUGUGCAGUCUUUACAAGUGCAGCCUGAAAUUCUGUCCCAGGGCCAGGUUUUGGUUCAGAACACUUUGGUUUCUGAGGAAGAACUUCCUGCUGCAGAAGCUCUGGUCCAGCUGCCAUUUCAAACUCUCCCACCACCACAGACUGUUGCAGUAAAUCUUCAGGUGCAGCCGUCAGUACCAAUUGAAACUCCAGUGAUUUACCAAGUGGAGAAUGUAUGUGAAGAAGAGAUGCCUGAGGAGUCAGAUUGUGUCCACAUGGCCAGAACACCUACACCACCCACGUUGUCUCCACCAGCCAUCACCCUGGGGAAUGGAGAGGCACUUAAUUCAGAGGAUCCCUUGUCAGAACAUGAAGGACUGCCUUCAGUGACGUCAUCAGUCAGUGCCUCAGUGAUUAAAUCUCCUUCUGAUCCUUCACAUGCCUCUAUUCCACCACCACCUCUUUUGCUCCCAGCAGCAACAACAAGGAGCAACAGUACAUCAAUGCCCAACAGCAUUCCUAGCCUGGAAAAUAAACCUCCCCAGGCUAUUGUCAAACCACAGAUCCUGACCCAUGUUAUUGAAGGCUUUGUGAUUCAGGAGGGGUUAGAGCCAUUCCCUGUAAGUCGUUCGUCUUUGCUGGUAGAGCAGCCUGCAGACAAAAGAUUGCUAGUGGAGGGCCAAAUCAUGAGUGUUGUGUGUGUUGAAUCAGACUUACAGAAUACAAAACAUGCAGACAACUCAUCGGACACAGAAAUAGAGGAUAUGAUUGCAGAAGAGGGCCUGGAUGAAAUUGAUAAUGAUCUUCUGAAGUGUGAAUUUUGUGGGAAAAUGGGAUAUCCUAACAAGUUUCUGCGGUCAAAAAGAUUCUGUUCCACAUCCUGUGCCAAAAGGCACAGCCUCAGUUGCACUAAGAAGUUCGGGCUGUUUUCGUCGGACAAGACAAGUCGCUGGAAUCGGAAGUCAGAUAGCCAAAGCCUUGGGCGACGCGGGCGUCGGCCGAGUGGCCCUGAUGGGGCAUCUCGAGAUCAUUUCCUUAGACAGCUUCCAAUUACUUAUCCAUCUGCAGAAGAAGAUGUGGCUUCUCACGAAGAUGCUGUUCCACCUGCCAUGACCACCCGUCUGCGAAGACAGAGUGAAAGGGAGAGGGAACGUGAGCUUAGGGAGCUAAGAAUGAGGAAGAUGCCAGAGAACAUUGACUUGUUGCCAGUGGUGCAAGCUGACCCAUCAGUAUGGACUGUAGAUGAAGUUUGGGCCUUCAUACAUUCUUUGCCUGGUUGUCAAGAUAUCGCGGAUGAAUUUAGAGCACAAGAAAUUGAUGGACAGGCUCUCCUCUUGUUGAAGGAGGAUCACCUUAUGAGUGCAAUGAAUAUUAAGCUUGGACCUGCAUUGAAAAUCUGUGCACGUAUCAAUUCAUUGAAAGAAUCCUAGGGGGCGAACAGGAAGGUUUAAACAGCCAUUUCUCAGUGACAGAACCGACAGUAAUAUGCCAACAUCUUUGCUGUGGCAUGAGUGUUACUGUGAUGCUUUGUUAAAUACUUGGGAUUUUCCCCACAUAAAGACUUUGAAAUGUUCCUUUGAUUAUACCAGGUUGCCCUCUGUAGUUUCCAGCAAUGAAUAGGUUCAUGGUAAAGCCUGAGUAAUACUUUGAGUUGAAGUGGGAUUUCAUGGGAAAACAUGAAGUGAAAUAUGCUGUGAUAGGUUAAAUAUUCCCCAAUAUGUACUUUAUCUUACAACACCCCAGCCCCCACCCCAGUAAGCACCAUUUAAAUUGUGUUGCUGUAUUCUGAAAGAUUUUUUUCCUACAUACAGCAGUUUUUGGACUGAACAGAAGUGUCCACAGACCCUGUGGAAGCACUAAUAACAGUAAAAUGCUAUGCAUUUAGUUGUGCUCUCUGAGUUUCUUUUAGUCUUGAGCAAAUUGUUUGUAAGGGAUAGGUUGGCAGCUGGUUUUCCUUGUGUAGGCUUGCCCUCAUCUCUGCCAGUGUAGUGUUUUUUUAAAGUCUGGAAAUACUGUAAACCAUGUAGAUGUCUCAUCAAAAUCCUCCUUAUCAGGCUACUGACAUGCAAUGGCGUGGCACUCUUGCCAGAGGUAACUGAAGCACAUGUUACUUUACUCUUUGUAUGCUGCUAUGCACCAAGAGGGCAUUAAAUUGUUAGGUUUGUAGUUUCCCAUGCUGCUAGUUUAAACUAGGCCAGCAGUUCUCAAAUGGGGGUUCAGAGUGGAUCCUGAGAAGGUGUGAGAACACUCAGGGUUCAGAUUCCCAAAUGCCUAAGCGUGAGGGGCUGAAAACUGCUGCCAGAAGUAGCUCAUGCUCGGACAAGUGUACUUCAAAUACUGGAGGUAGGGGAGGGAAGCACAGCUCAGAUGCUCUCUUUCUUGAUACCUCAUCUAACUUGUCUUUCCCUCUAGUGCAUUCCCAUUGUCUCACUGGAAGCUUCCAAGUACCUUUUGUUUGUCCACUGGCUAGUGUGAGCUGGGCUUGCAGUAGUCUGAGGAAGGAGCAUGGUGAGUUGCCUGAUGAGUUCCCUUCAGAGCUUGGUGUAGGAGCAGCUGCAGUGAGGGAGUCCGGAG